GGUAGCGAUGUGCUCUGCGCCAUUCGUUUAAAUGUGUAUUUCGUUCCUUGCUUUUAAAUCGUGUAUUGUACUGUGUUUGUGUCCUGUGCGUUGUUUUUCGUUUGCUCGUCUCUAAUUAUAUGUUUAGCAUUCGAGAGACUAAUGAGAGAAAAGCUGACAGAAUUCAGCAUCGAUGACGAUGGGCAAUUGCGUGGUUAUUGUGAAUCUCAAGCAGAAAUUGAAGUAAAUAUUCAUAGUUUUGCCCAGUUUUCCAACCACUUAUUUAGAAACAAUUUAUUUCUGAUUUUGCAGGUUGUCCAAAAUUUUUCUUCAGACUUAAGAGUGGGAGCGUGGAUAUCCGAUUUUUCAGAUAUCCUUUCUCAGUGGAAAAUGGAAGUCACCGGGAAUGUAUUCCUGGCCCUAAGUACUACAAAGAAAUGAAAGGGGUUCCUGUUCCAGAUCACCUGGCUGACCGUACGAACCCCAGGAAGAGACUCUGUGUUAUGGACACAAAGAAAAGUGGUUGCCCAGCUACAUUCUCUGUUAAAUGUAUCCGGGUACACCCUGGAUAUUCAAUUGAGUCAGUAUACCCUGGAUAUUCAAUUGAGACAGAGGGGGCUCAUCCUAAUAUUAAGAAAAAGGUAGAAGACACACAAUCCAUUUGUGAAGCAUUCAAUAUUUUCAAGGAGUGGAACGUGGACAUGAGUCCUGCAUACUGGAGGGAACAAGCUUGGAACAGGUGGUUACGUAAACAUGUGAAAGAACAAGAAGACAGAGAGACAAUAGUUAAUCAGUGGAGAAGAGUUGCAGCAUCGUCCUCCUUGCAACAGUACAAAGAUAAUUUAGAAAAAAUGAAAAAUCAUCAUGUUUUUGAAGGGAAGGCGUCUGCAUUAAAAUAUUUUGAGAAACAAUGGGUUCCGGUGCAUCGUAGAUGGGUGAAAGCUUUUGAGCACAAAGGCAUGUUUGCCAAUAUAAACACAACAAAUGGUGCUGAAGCAAUGAAUAGGUAUGGAGUUAAUGAAGAAUCCACAGGGCUUUAAUCAAUAGAAAAAGUGCUAAAGCAACUGGAAACAUAUAAACGUUAUCAUUAUCAACAGAAAUGAAACUUUUUUUAACUUAUUGAGAAGCAGACCAGAUCAUAUACCCCCUCUUGUUCUUUCAGGAAUGUGCUGCUUCUUUUGUGAUUUCUGCUGGUAUCCUGUAAGCCAUGUGUUGCAAUGCUAGAUUUUGUAUUGUAACUGCUUUAUGUGCCAAUUUGUGAAAUCCCCAUUCUGAGAAAUGGAAAAUGGCACAGAAGUUCUUGCAUGGAUAUUUGAACUUUCGAUAAUCUGGACAAGAUCAGGUUUUUCAAAGUUUACCAUACAAUGAGUCUUCAGUUCCUGCACAUUUUACAUGAAACAAUCCCGUAGUUACCAUCAUUACUGAUACUGCACUAAAAUCAACAGAAUUUAAUUUAAAAUACCUGGGAGGUAACUAUGGACUAAAACUGUAAUAAAACCUGUUAAUGUUACAUUUGUACUUUGCUGAAGGUGUGAAUAUUUCACCAACCUGUUCAUUUCUUCAGCACCAUUUGUUGUGUUUAUACUGGCAAACAUUUCUGUGUACUUAAAAGCUUUUACCCAUCUAUAAUGCCCUGGAUCCCACAGCUUUUCAAAGUAAUGUAAUGCAGACUCCUUCCCUUCAAAAACACUAUGAAUUCUCGUCUUUCCUAAAUUAACUGCCCUCCACAGUUUAACAAUUAUGUCUUUCUUGUUCUUUUGCAUGUUUUCAUAACCACAUCCUUCAAGCCAGCCAGCAUCCCCCCCCCCUCCCUCCCCCAGGGGGCCUGCAGCACUUUUGUGGGCACAUGUGUGGUGUCCUUUCAUCUAUUAAACUAACCAACCUCCCUGUGAAAUAAACAUAGAUACACUUUAAAGAUGGGAAGUACUCCCUGAAUUGCAUUUAUCUCGGACUCUGAGAAAUUGGUAACCCAGUAUGCAGGAUUUAUGUCUGUAUUCUACUCCUUGUAAAAAUAUUUAAUGCUUUACAAAUUUAUCUUGUGUCUUCUAUCUGAAGAUAAAAAUCCUACCUCUAAAUAGCACACUUAUGCUUCCACUGUUAUAAAGAACAGUGGAAUGUCCUACUUUGUGGCUUUGUCGCAUCAAGCAAGCAUACUGUUCCGUACUUAGUAGUUCAAUUUGCCAUCUAGUCUGGUAGCACAAGAGGAGUGGCUGUACCUCUCCAUCUCCAUCUACAUCUGCACAAGGUUGGAAAUAGUCACCUGUUAAUUCUCUUCCACUCAUUGAUCUAAUUUUGCAGAGCAUCAUAAUCAUUUGUAGUUCUUUUAGUUUCAAAAACUGCUUGUUAUACAGGAAUAAAAAUGGUCCAAGGAGUAAGACAUGUAGUUUUAAUGUGAUUUGGUCUGACUUUUUCAGCCAUGGAUUUGCUUUGCAGAUACAAAAAAGAAUUGUACAUGCUGAGGAAGGAAUUCUGUUAGUAUUAAGACACUGUGAAAGCUCAAUUGUUAUCAAAUUGGUGUUGUUAUAGGAUAUGGGUGACAAUGAAAAUCAGUGGCUGCCUACAGCCUAAUCCAAUGACUUGUCAUUGCAUUACUGAAAACUCUAAAAGAAAGCUGAAGUACCAAACAUGCAAAACAUCUUCAGUUCUUUUUCGCUGUACUCCAUAAAACAUGAGUGUGUUAAUUAUUUGAUUUUGUCAUGGAAUAAAAAAAACAUGUGGGUGAGACAUUUCAUAUGUGCUGUGAUAACCAGAGUAGACUGUGUUCAUUUGUCUGCUGUUUCUUCUGGUAUGACACUCUUAUCAUUAACUGUUCCUUUCAGCCAUGUGAUUGCUUUGUGCACACCUUUUUAUGCUAUUUUCCAUGAAAUGCUUCAUACUUUUACACAUGAUUGUUAUGUUAUACAGAAGUAAGCAAUUUAAUUAUAUGUUGAAGGGCUUUGUGCUCUUUAUAGACUUUGGCAAGAUAUGUGUUACCUUGUGCUGAGUAAUAUGCUGAACUGCUCAAUAAUUGUUGAAAUGCCUGGAUGUGUAAUUAUCAUUGUUACUGUGCUCAGAUGUAUUGUCACAUACAAUUAAGGUGAAACUGAAUAAAAAAUA